AUGGACUCCAGCAGUGGUGCUGGGCGGUGGAUUGCCGAUGAGGGCAGGCUGGUGGCGAAUGAUCGGCUGCGGAUCGAGGCGGAGAUCGAUGCGGGCGGCGGGAGCGCCGGGCUGAUGCCGGCUAUGUGGGCCAUGUGGCGGGUGGAGAAGGUGGCAGCCGGCGGGCACUCGGUGGCGCUGACGUCGGGCGGCGGAGUGGUUACCUGGGGCCGCAACUCAUCGGCAGGCGGCGGUGGCGGCGGAUCACCUCCAGUCCAUGCAUCUGGCCAGCUCGGUCGCUUUGAUGACCACGGAUCGCCGGGCGUAGUGACGGCACUGGCGGGCAUUGAGGUUGUCGACGUCGCCGCAGGACGGUACCACUCUGCAGCGGUCUCGGCCGACGGCGUGCUCUACACUUGGGGCCUCAACGACUUUGGCCAGCUCGGGCGGCGCGGGAUUGCCGGCGACGACGGGGUUGCGGCGCCGAUGCCGGGCUCACCCGAGGAGGCGACGCUGCUGAGCCAGCGGUGUAGUGGGGGCCAUGCUGCGCCUGCGCCAGCGUGCUGUGGCGGCGUCGGGUGCCGCGACGGCUGGCCACGGGCUGUACCGGUGGCACGCGGCGUUGUGUUUGUAGCGGUCACUGCUGGGCGUUACCACACAACGGCAGUGGCCGCCGACGGCUCAGUCUACACCAUGGGUCUCAACGUGUGCGGGUGGACGGGCGAGCAGAGCGCGUUUUCGGUGGCGGCUGGCGCGGCGGCACGGGUGAUGGCGGCCGAGGCCGAGGUCAUUGGCGUCGACGCGGGCUACCACCACGUGCUGGCGCUGACGAGUGACGGCAGCGUCCUCUCGUGCGCGACUGGGUUCGACGGCUAUGCCAACGCACUCGACGGGUCGGGCGAGAUCGGCGUGCCGCAGUGGGACGGCGGCGGCGGGCCGGUGGCGGCGCGACAGGCGUUGCUCGGCCGGUCGGAGCACCAUCUGAAGCUGAGGCCGGUUGAGGCGGCGGUGUCAUUUGCGGCGGUGGCUGCCGGGAGAGAGCACUCGCUGGCGCUAAGCGACGACGGCGAGCUGUGGGCGUGGGGAACGCGGCCGGAGGCGAUGGGCACAACCGCGCCUGCGAUGAAGCCGCAACGGGCGCAGGCUGUCCUCGACAUGGAGGGCGAUACCAAGUCUACCGCGGCCGGCCUGCGGUUGGCGGCCAUUGAUGCUGGCGAGUACCACACUGUUGCGCUGACGGCAGGCGCCCCGAACGCGUUUGACCACGGGCUGAUUGUGGGCAUUGCCGCUGGCUACCAGACGAGCGUGGCGGUGGUGUACGGCGUUCCGCAAGCUGCGGCGGCAGCGGCAGCAGGCGCGACGCGCGGGUCGGGCACGUACCCGCAUGCCGGGCCUGUGGUGAGCAAAGUCGACGAGGCGAUGCGUGCGGUAGAUCCACAUCUGUUCGAGGUGCUCGAGGCCAGCGGAUGGGCGUACGAUGAGCGGCGGCGAAAUCCAUGCGUGGAAGUGGAGGGCAAGGCGCGGUGCUUCCCGUUCUUCCAAAUCUUGGGCGUGUCCAAGUGCGGGACGACUAACCUGUUCCACCAGAUGAUGGGUCACCCUGGGCUUCGGGCCGCGUCGAACAAGGGCCCGCACUGGUGGGACGAGCGGCGGCCGGGAGACGACAUGAUGGGUCUCGGUCCGGUGGAGGCGUACUGGGAUCUGUUCGAGAGCACGGCGGAGGCGUCGGCAAAGAACGAGCUGAUCAUCGGCGGCGAGGCGUCGUCGAACACGUUUACCUUUACCGGCGUGGCGGUCCGCGGCAACCACAAUACCGACGUCCUCCUCCCGGCUUUUCUCCAUGCGGUGCUCCCGGAGCAGCGGCACAUUGUGGUCUUCCGCGAGCCGGUCUCGCGGUUCAUCUCUGCGUACUACUACUACAACCACGAGUCGCCAACCGAGGCCAAGCUUGUGGCGCACGCGCACGAUGUGUGCGAGCUGUGGGACAAGUGCAUGGUCGGGAGCAACGCAGCAGCGUGCUCGCGGCAGCUGUACAUGCGCGGCGCCCAGCAGCUGGUCAAGGGCAUGUACGGGCUGUACAUCGACGACUGGCUGGCUUCGUACCCGGCGACUCGGUUCCUCUGGCUCCGGCUGGAGGACUACAAGGCGAUGCCACAGGCGACGCUUGGCCGGAUCUACGCCUUUCUGGGCGCCGAUGCGCCGACGGCGGAGGUGUGGGCCAAGGUCCUCGAGGCGCCGACCCGCAACAAGCGGCGGCCGAACGCGCCGACAACCACGGUGGCCACGCUCGACCCAGAGGUCCGCGCCAAGCUGCAAGCGGUGUACCGGCCGAUCAACGCGCUGCUCGCCGACAAGCUCGGCCCGCACUUUGACUACAACGUCGGGUACGAUUAG